AUGGCGGCAGUUGGGUUUUUUCUAUUGCCAGAGUGGUUAAGGAAGAGAAGUUCUACUAAUGAUAAUGUGGAAGAAUUGGAAGUUAACAUGGCAACGGCAACGGCAACGAGAAAGGAUUACCAAUUAUUACCAGAAGAAGCCGAGGAAGAUAAUUACACGGAUACGGACGGUUCCAUUUUGACACAAAAUGUUAAUAAUGUGAAAUCAGCACCAAAAGAAGUCGUUAAUUAUAAAAUGAUCAUUGCUGCCUCUUUCUUAGAUGUUAUUGCCAAUUUCGCUUUAACUAUUGGAUUUUUCUAUGUAGGAAGUGGGAUGUACCAAGUAAUAUACAGUUCAGUUGUUAUUUGGUGCGCUAUUCUUUCCUUCUUUUUACUCGGACGAAAACUCUCUUUAUUGCAAUCAGUAUCCAUUGUGGGCGUAUCGGUCGGGCUUGCACUUAGCGCAUUUGGAAUAAAUCAAAUAUCAGAUCGAAUUCUAUCUGCUUGUACACCGGACACACGUCCUCCAUCACCAGAAAAAGUAUGUUUUUUAGUAGGAACAAAUAUGUUCGCAUCAUUCAUUCAUAAUCUGGCUUAUUAUUGGUUGAUGAAAGAACUUGGUAACGUCUCUACCGGGAUAUUAAAUUCAUUAAGAGCUAUUGUUGUAUUUGGUUUAAGUCAUUUUAUGUUUUGUCAUAUUGACGAAGGACAAUGCUUUAAUAUUUGGAAAGGUUGGAGCGCCAUUAUUGUAGUUGGAUUUGUUACUAUCUUUUCUAUAAGUAAAUCAAAAGAAUAA